AUGUCUUCUACUUCGGCUUCAACGGAAGGGGACUAUGUUUAUCAAGAAGUUAACCGUCUUUCUGUCCUUGAUAAUGAGGGGAAGCUCACCGGAGUUGAAGUGUCCAAAUUAUUUAAAUAUUUCACCAAAAACUCCAAUGAAAUAGCUGAGAUAGAGAAAUCCCUUAAACGCAGUCCAAAUGAUGAAAUUAAGCUUAUGUACCUAAGGGAAUUAUUAACUGGACAAGGUGAUUUUCCUAAUUUAAAUUCUCUGAAGGAUGUAGUUGAGGAAAUCGUUAGAGGUCUUGAUUUUAAAAUGGAGCAGGGUUUUAAUAAAGUACGUCGUGCUAUAGAGGAAGCGAUCUAUUCACCAGGUACUGAUUUAACGGGAACUGAUAAGGGUAAAACUGUUAUGGAUAAAGGAACACAUAUUGUGUUUCCGCUCGAAUGGACCACGAGUAGCAAAAGAAGUGGAAAUGGAAGGUUUACAAAUCCGCCUAACAGAAAUGCAGAUCCAAGAGAAGAAGAAGUACAACAAUACUUUAUUAACGAAUGCAAGGAACUAGAAAAAUCUCCAAAUAUAAAAAACAAGCUUAUUGUUGUGGAUAAGCAUUCUUCACUAUCACUAGGAACUCGAAAACCAGAUUUCCUAUUCAUUUCAAAAGGUUCACAUUUAAAUAUGUUAAAUGUUGUUGCCGUUGGUGAGAUAAAAAAACGAGGCAGUGAUAAUUUUAACAGCGCACAAAUAGGACAGGCAAUAUCAUUCGGCGAAAAAGUACUCCAACUUCAGCCACGUCGAACCUUUGUAUAUGUAGUAUUAACAGAUAGUAUUGUAAUUAAUAUCUAUGUAGUGCAUAGGGUAGAUCAAAAUACCCGUUCAAAUCCAACCACCCAGUUCACGUAUCAAUACAUAACACCCGCGUCUUUAGAGUUCAGUGGUGCUCGCGAUGCUGAUAAUACUGGGUGGAAGUUACUGGUAACAAUUAUGGAAAGCUCUCCGAACAUCUUGGGAUGGGUCGAACCAUCACUGAAAUUUGGCAAUAAUACUGUAAAUCUGGUUCGAUCCAUUGGUGUUGGUAGAACUAGUGUUGUUUAUGAAGGAAAACAUAAUGAUGCACUCGUAGCUGUAAAAGUUGCGAAAAAGGCAAAUUAUCUUCCUUGUUUUGAAAGUGAAUAUACCGCAUUGAAUGAUCUGUCAAGUCUUAAUUCCCUUCAUAUUCCAAAAAUCCUUUUUAACAGUGUGGAUGCUCUUGUUAUAUCUCAAAUUGGUGAGAGAAUUGGUAAUUUGCGAAAAAAAGAUAUUAAAGAUAUCAUCAGUACACUCGAAAAAGUACAUUCACUUAAUUAUGUACAUAGAGAUCUUCGUAAGUAUAAUCUUGUUCGCGAUCAAUUAGGAAAUAUUGUUAUUAUUGAUUGGGGGUAUAGCAUAAAAUUGGAGGGGAAUCAUAACUUCGCAUUUGCUGGAGCGUUGGAGUGUAUGCCGGAUAACAUCUUGCAAUCAAUAGUCAAUGAUGAUGAUGAUAUUAUUUAUGGACCAGGAGUUGAUUUGACAUGUUUGGUGCGUUCAUUCUAUUUAAUGCUUCAUAGACCAUCAUUAGAUAGAAUUCCUUUCGAUAAAGAGGAUGAUAUCAAGAGUCGAGCACAGAUGAUGCUAAAUUUCUGGAUGGGUUGUGGACGUUCGGAUGUAUGGGAUAGCAUUUAUAACGCAAUAGAAAUCUUAGACUACGAUCAAUUAAUUCAACAGCUUGAAAGAUUGUUUUAA